AUGGCUUCCGGAAGCAAUAGUAGAGGAGCGGUGAUUCCAUUACGCAAUGUCAAGGUUGAGCCCAAGGUAUUCUUCGCAAACGAGCGUACGUUUAUAAGCUGGCUCCAAUUUUGUGGUCUACUUCUCAUGGUGGCUCUGAAUUUGCUCAACUUUGGUGACGAAUCAGCCAAGAUUGCAGGCAGUGUCUUUAUUUGUAUUGCUGCACUUGUUGCUUUGUAUGCAUUAUAUCGAUUUGAGAAGCGCGCAUGGAUGAUCAAUCGUCGUGUGGCUGGACGUUACGACGAUCUCUGGGGCCCUGUUGUGCUCUGCGUUCUUUUGGUUGGAGCUCUCAUCGUUAACUUCUAUCUCCAAUUUGGUAAUUGA